AUGAGCAAGAUGGACCGCGAGACGGAUCGCGAAACAGACCAUCAGACCGAUCACCAGAGAGACCCUCAAACACACCACCAAACAGACCGCGGAACAGGACAGGCCAGCAAGGAAGAUACUGGCAAUACAACCGAGGGCGCAGACCCAAGUUGCCAAUUCGCAACUGCGGCAGAAUGCGACCAAAGGGAAAAAGGCACCUCCGCACCGGAGGAGGGCACAUCAUAUAGGUCUCUGUACAAACACAACUACAAAGCGCACGUGUACGCGGAUGAUUUUGUUUGCCUUCGAUUAAAAGGUCGUGGAGGUGAGGUGCACGCCGAUGGGGGCAGUGAACCGCAGCAUUGCGUAGACCCGUUAAAGGGGCAUAUCCCGAUGGGUGGCUUCACACAGGGUGGCGCACAGGAUGGCCCACAUGAUGGCAAACAUGAUGUCAAACAUGAUGUCACACCCAAUGACGCACCUGUCGGAGAGCCAAGUGGGAAAAGUGCAAACUUCGAGGAGGCCGCUGCCACAGGGAGGAUCAACCUGGAAGGGGGUGCAGUCGAUAGGAUUGACGAAGCGAACUCUCCAAGGGAAAAUAAUCAAUACGUCCAGGCCGGUGACGGAAUGGCGGAUUGCCAACCAGACGAAGCGACAUACUCCCAAGCGGGGCCCCCACAUAGUAAUCACGAUAGUGAGGAGAAGAGGGAAAAUUCGGACCUCUGCACUCACUCCGACGAUAAUUACACCCUUCACGGGAGUCACAGAAGUGGCUGUCAUGUGAAGCAGAUGGAGAAGGAGGAGGAGACGAAGAAGACGAAGAAGCCACCUGAGAGUGACCACUCCAGUGAAGACACUCCAAGCUGGGAAGAAGACAAAAUGCACGAAAAGGAUCAACCCAAAGAAAGAGAAAACAAAAUUAGAAUCAUCGAGAUGUUUAAGAUGAAGUUGGAGAACAAGGAGAUGAAGAGGAGUCGCCAUUUCUGGGAUGAUGUCCCUGGACCUUCCGAGCAUUGUGCUAGUCGUGGCAGCCCCUCCGGUAAUGACCAUCAUCACGAUGGUAACGAUGAGCGUGGCCAUGAGGAUCACCAUGAGCAUGGCCUUAAGCAUGGGCAUGACCAUCCGCGUGACCAUCCGGACGGCGCCUCCCCCAGUGCCUCUAACCGGCGCACACAGAUACGGGAAAGCAUCUCACGGAUUUUCAGCGAAUCGCCUUCCUCCAAGCCGAGGAUAAUAAACGAGCUUAAGCAUAGGGAGAGUCAUGUGGGGGAGGAAGACGAGAGGGGAAGCCAGAAUGGAAGCCACCACGGAAGCAGUAACAGCGGAAGGGGAAGCCACCCCCACAGCAGUAGCAACGACAGGGAAAGAACAGAGAGUAAGGCGAACGGAGCGAAGAAUGCAUUAAAGGAAGGAAGUCUGCUUAGACUCUUCAGGUGUGAAUACUUCGACACACAUCUUCACAUUAGAUACCUCUACGACAGGAGAGAAGAAGGCGUCCAUGAGUACCUAGUGAAUUCUCUCUACACACAGAGGAAGUACGAAGACAUAUUAUUUUACCUUCCACAAUUGAGUCAGAUUUCGCUCAUCCGUUAUGAGUCUUCUUCCCUUUAUCGCUUCCUCCUCUCUAAGGCUAGCAAAUCAAUGCACUUCGCAUUGAAGCUAAGUUGGAUUUAUCACUCCAUAGUCGAGGAUAAUUCCUCCAAGUACAAAGAUUUGGCACAUAAGAUGACACAAGAAAUUGAGAUGGCCGUUGUGAAUUGCAAGCCAUUUACCAAUAAGUGCACCUCGGGGAACGAGAAGAAACAGUCCUACAUCCUGAACCUCGCCCAUCCUCUUCUCUUCAAAAGGAAAUACAUCAUUAGAAGGAUCAAAGCAAAUGAGAUGUUGGAUCGGACGAGGCUCUCUAAGAAUUGCCUGAACAGGUCAUGCAACUCGUACUUGUUGAAGGGGGGUGGGGCGGCCGUGCAGGGCCAGGUCAAGGCGAUGGGGCAGAGCGCGACGCGGUGGGACCCACAAAGCGCCCCUCCAAGUGCGGUCCCAGGAUCAGCUCCGAGUACCUCCCCAAAUGCCGCUCCUAGUGCCGCUUCUAGUUCCGCCCCAAAUGCCCCUUCUAGUGCCUCCCCCAAGAAGCGCCGCAAACGGGAACCGACGAGCACCGCGCCACCCCCCAAGCUGCCCCAGUGCUAUAUCAUCAAUUCGGGAGCCCUCUCGAUAGCCAGGGCCAGAGUGAAGCUUCCCAGUACAUACGCUAAGUUGGGUAACCCCCUCAGUGCCUCCAAGUUCUUCCUCCCAGAAUUUAACUGCAGUUUUGAUAUGAUUGAAGAUCUGCAGCAGUUUUUUAUGAAACAAAGGAGAUGUGAUUAUUUUAGUCUCCUCAAUAACUUCGUCAAUCUUAUGAUCUCCGUUUCGAACCUUUUGUCCACAGAACCGGAUGUAGAGAUACGGAAUGAGCUGCUUAACCGAUUCCUCUACUCAUUAAACAGCUGGAUGCUGAUGCGAAGAUGUAUCGUUGCGGCAUGCACAAAUGUCUUUUCCAUGACGGGAUUGUGCAUUCCACUGGAGUGCCUGUCAUCCUUUCCACACUCCGACUAUGCAGCGGAACAGACAGCAAGUAGCAGUGGCUUGCAAAUCCUACAUUUCAAUUACGAUGAAUGCAAGAUAUUUUUCUCCAAGAAGAGGGCUCCUUACCUUCUUAUGUUUGAAGUGGCCGACUUGGACGAAGACAUCAGUCACAUUCCGGAUAGUCUCUUUUACCACAGCAGGGGGGGGAGCCACCCCCAGGAGGCGGUGGACGUGGUCGACGGGGCAGUCCCUGGAACAGCGGCGGGGACAGCAAGUGAGGAAGGAGAUGGUCCAACCCGUGACAUGACUGACCGUGUGAGUGACCGCGUGAGUGACCGCAUGACCGACGACGUGCCCCUGGACGAGCCGACGCGACAGCGGCAACCACGCAGGAAGGGUCCCCGGAUCGAAAAGAACUUCUGUUCGUCAAAAAACUACGGGCUCUUUAACGAGAACAGCAGCUCCUACGACUGUGAGCCGCGAGGAGGGGUGUAUGAUGGGAAGAGGAAGAAGAAGAAGAAGAAAAAAAAAAAAAAAAGCCAAAGUACGGAGGAGGACGAGGCGGGAGGGCAUACUGGCCAAAGUGAUUCAGAGGUCGAAAAAGGGGAAGUCGAGCGGGGGAAAACUCAUAUGGGGAGAGCCAAUCUGGAGAGAAAAAAACCCCACGCAGACCUGGACGCCCUAAAAAUGGAGCACCUCUACGUGUAUAACUGCAUAGUGAACGACCUGCGGAAGGAGAAUUUGAUUUCCUUCCCCUCGGGGGAGGAGGACACCCUCUCGAUAAUCAGGAAGUGCAUCGGAAUGAGGGCGGACGAGGAGGACGACACGGAAGCGGGCGAUGGGACGGAAGACAGCGCAAAACUGGCAGGCCCAGAACCAAGCGACGUCGACCAAGCUGGCCCCGAUUGGGGUGCCACUCCCACGGAGGAAGAAACCCAGGAUGUAACCAAGACCUUCCUGGUAAACACCCGCUGGGCCUCCAUGCCAAAUUAUCUGAGUAGCUCCCUCGAUAGAUGCAACAUCAGCUCGAAUGACAACGACAGCAAUGAAGUUAAAACGUCGGUAGAGAGCGUCAGUAGUGAGUUGGGGGACCUGCCACCUGGAGAGUUAUACCAAAGUCAAGUGGACGCUCAGCAGGAAGGUCAAAAUGGAGGAUGUAGGCCCCCCUCCCCGGGGAGCGAUCCCGAUUAUGCGGGGAUUGCCAUCCAACCCGGUGAAACCGAAACGCAGGACCCCCCCACACACAACAGCUACCACUACGCAGGGGAAAAAACAGACGACGCAUUGGACAUGAGUGAGUAUUUCAAACCAGAGAACUACACAAAUGAGGAGUUCAAAAAAAAAAACUGUCGUGUUAUAAAGAGACUUUUAUGGGGAGAGUUAUUUGAAGAGAAAAAAAAAAAAAUCAGGAAAACAUCUCCAUAUGGGAAAUUGAAGACAUGGAAUCUCAAAUGCGUAAUCGUCAAAGGUGGUGAUGACUUGAGACAGGAGCUGCUGGCGUCCCAAUUGAUUCGACAGUUCAAGGUUAUCUUCGAGAAUGCAGGCUUGCCGCUCUGGCUGCGUCCCUACGAAAUUUUAGUCACCGGUGCCAACUCCGGCAUCAUUGAAUACGUCCAUGACACCUGCUCGGUCGACUCUCUCAAGCGGAAGUUUGGCGCCGACAGCAUCUCCACCAUCUUCAACGUCGUCUUCGCGGAUUACAUCUUCGAGGCCAAGAAGAACUUCAUCGAGAGUCACGCCGCUUACUCACUCAUCUCGUACCUCCUCCAAGUGAAGGACAGGCACAACGGGAACCUCCUUCUCGACUCCGACGGUCAUCUCAUCCAUAUAGAUUACGGCUUCAUGCUCACCAACUCUCCUGGGAAUGUCAAUUUUGAGACCUCCCCAUUUAAGCUGACCCAAGAGUAUCUAGACAUAAUGGACGGAGAGAAGUCGGAGAACUACGAGUACUUCAGGCGGCUCAUCGUCAGUGGCUUUCUCGAGGCUCGCAAACACUCGGAGGAGAUUAUUCUCUUCGUCGAGCUGAUGAUGCCAGCUUUAAAAAUUCCCUGCUUUGCGAACGGUACCCAGUUCUGCAUCGACUCGCUGAAGGAGCGCUUCAUGACGAACCUGGCUGUUGACGUGUGCAUCCAACGAAUCAACUCCCUCAUUGAAUCCUCCAUAAACAACUUCCGAAGCGUCCAGUAUGACUACUUUCAGAGAAUAACCAAUGGGAUAAUGUGA